UGUGGUCAGAGGAGCUUCAGUGUAGAGGCAACGAAUCUCAGAUUUACUUCUGUCCAACAUCAUCUUCACUCAAACACAACUGCUCCCAUGACAGUGAUGUGGGACUGGAGUGUGCUGGCAGUGUGAGGUUGCUUGAUGGUGGCAGUCGCUGUGCUGGGAGAGUGGAGGUUCUUCAUAGAGGACAGUGGGGAACAGUGUGUGGUGAUGACUGGGAUAUGACUGCUGCUGCAGUGGUGUGUAGAGAGCUGCGCUGUGGAGAAGCUGUAGCUGCGCUGAGUGAUGCUCACUUUGGACCAGGAUCAGGACCAAUCUGGAUGGAUGAUGUGUACUGUGCAGGAUCAGAAUCCACUUUGAAACACUGUACAUCACCAGGAUGGGGUAAACAUGACUGUGAUCAUUCUAAAGAUGCUGGAGUCAUCUGUUCAGGAGUCAGGCUGGUUGGUGGUUCUGACUGUUCUGGAAGAGUGGAGGUGCUUCAUGGAGAGACCUGGUCCACAGUGUGUGACGCUGACUUUGACCAGCAGGAUGCAGAGGUUGUGUGUCGAGAGCUGGGCUGUGGGCUUCCUGUGGAGGUGCUGGGAGCAGCUGCGUUUGGCAGAGGGGAGGGUCAGGUGUGGUCAGAGGAGCUUCAGUGUAGAGGCAAUGAAUCUCAGAUUUACUUCUGUCCAACAACAUCUUCACUCAAACACAACUGCUCCCAUGACAAUGAUGUGAGCCUUGUGUGUGCAGGUGGUGUGAGGUUGGUGGAUGGAGGCAGUCGCUGUACCGGGAGAGUUGAGGUUCUUAAUAGAGGACAGUGGGGAACAGUUUGUGAUGAUAACUGGGAUUUGAGUGAUGCUGCAGUUGUGUGUAGAGAGCUGGACUGUGGAGAGCCUGUAGAUGCACUGAGUGAUGCUUACUUUGGAUCAGGAUCAGGACCAAUCUGGAUGGAUGAUGUGGACUGUAGUGGAUCAGAGUCUACACUGAAGAAAUGUCAAUUAACAGGACUUGUCAAACACACCUGUAAUCAUACUAAAGAUGCUGGAGUCAUCUGCUCAGGUACUUUUACAUGUUCUUCUUUCUCUCCUAAUAUUUUAGAUGUCAGGCUUAUUAAUAGUUCUCGCUGCUCUGGGAGAGUGGAGGUGCUUCAUGGAGAGACCUGGUCCACAGUGUGUGAUGCUGACUUUGACCAGCAGGAUGCAGAGGUUGUUUGUCGAGAGCUGGGCUGUGGGCUUCCUGUGGAGGUGCUGGGAGCAGCUGCUUUUGGCAGAGGGGAGGGUCAGGUGUGGUCAGAGGAGCUCCAGUGUAGAGGCAAUGAAUCUCAGAUUCACUUCUGUCCAUCAUCUUCACUCAAACACAACUGCACCCAUGACAGUGAUGUGGGACUGGUGUGUGCUGGCAGUGUGAGGUUGGUGGAUGGUGGCAGUCGCUGUGCUGGGAGAGUGGAGGUUCUUCAUAGAGGACAGUGGGGAACAGUGUGUGGUCAUGGCUGGGAUAUGAGAGAUGCUGCAGUUGUGUGUAGAGAGCUGCGCUGUGGAGAGGCUGUAGAUGCACUGAGUAAAACUCCUUUUGGACCAGGAUCAGGACCAAUUUGGAUGGAUAAUGUGGACUGUAGUGGAUCAGAGUCUACACUGAAGAAUUGUGGAUCAAAAGGGUGGGGUAAACAUAACUGUGAUCACAGUUCAGAUUCUGGAGUCAUCUGCUCAGGAGUCAGGCUGGUUGGUGGUUCUCACUGCUCUGGGAGAGUGGAGGUGCUUCAUGGAGAGACC